AUGAAAAAGGUAAUAACAACUAAACAAGUAACAAGUAAAGAAGAAGUUCAACAUUCUGCUGAUGAAUUUGUAUCAACUGUACGAAAUCUUUUACCAAAAUAUAAUCCUGAUUAUGUGAUAAACACAGAUCAAUCUGGUAUUCAACUUGAGUUUUAUUCAACUCGAACCCUUUCUUUUAAAGGGGAAAGAAGUACUGCCAUAAAUGUUCGUUCGAAGAAUGCGACCACACAUUCAUUUACCGUGCAACCAUGUGUCAGCCUCAGUGGCAAACUUGUCGGACCACUUUUCCUUUGUUUAAAAGAACCCGCUGGUUAUUUAAGUGAAAAUGUUCGAUGUAGUUCGAAAAAUACAUCUUGA